CGUUCAACCGCCCUCUUGGAGACAGCUUCGCAGUCGUCGCUUCUUAGUCUUGCACCACUGCAACCUCCGCCUGUUGGGCUCAAGCAAUUCUCCUGCCGCAGCCUCCCGAGUAUCUGGGACUACAGGCCUGUACCACCACGCCCGGCUUGUUUUUGUAUUUUUAGUAGAGACGGGAUUUCACCAUGUUGGCCAGGCUGGUCUCCAGCUCCCGACCUUGUGGUCCGCCACGCCAGGCCGAAGAUUUUCAUAAUUUGGAAGCAUUACAUUUCGUAAUUCUGCUUUCUCGUAUUUUUGUGAUUUGGGUCAUUUUUAUUUAUUUAUUUAUUUUUAUUUUUAUUUUUUUUUAGGAUUACAGGCCUGAGCCAUCGUGCCUGGCCGAUUUGGGGGUAAUUUAACGAGUCCACGUGUUUCAUUUGAAUUUAGGAUAGCUGGGCCUAAUUGUUGUCUUUGCUUCUGCCCUACCUUCCGCAUAGUACUAACCGCCUAUUGAAAAGUAAUUAGAAUAGCUGAAUAUGACAUGUUACCAGUCUAGAAACCGAUUUUUUUUAACACCCCACUGUGGACAGGGUGGAAACUCGUUUGUAUUCUUGUUUAAGAUCUGUAGUAACAUGAAUGGAUUAAACUGUUUCCUAUUAGAUUCUGUAAAUGUAUGCGUUACACUGAUUGUCCAACGUGGAUACACCCGGGAGGUCACUCUCCCCGGGCUCUGUCCAAGUGGCGUAGGGGAGCAUAGGGCUCUGCCCCAUGAUGUACAGUCCCUUUCCACAACGUUGGAGAUAAAGCUGGGCCUCGUGUCUGCGCCUGCAUAUUCCUACAGCUUCCCAGAGUCCUGUGGACGAUGACUGGGGAGACAAACCAUGCAGGAAACAGCCUUCUAGAGCCCUGAAUCUGGAUUGAAGUCUUCUGUUUUGUUUUGUUUUGUUUUGUUUUUGGGAGAUGGAGUGACGCUCUGUCACCCAGGCUGGAGUGCAGUGGCGCACUCCACUGUAGAGUUGGGGUUUCACCAUGUUGGUCAGGCUGGUCUCAAACUCCUAGUCUCGUGAUCCGCCAGCCUCUGGGCUCCCAAAGUUCUGGGAUUACAGGCGAGAGCCACCGCACACAGCUAGAUUGAAGUCUUAAUACAUGUUUAAGAAAAAUUGGCGGCCGGGCGCGGUGGCUCACGCUUGUAAUCCCAGCACUUUGGGAGGCCGAGGCGGGCGGAUCAUGAGGUCAGGAGAUCGAGACCACGGUGAAACCCCGUCUCUACUAAAAAUACAAAAAAAAUUAGCCGGGCGUGGUGGCGGGCGCCUGUAGUCCCAGCUACUCGGAGAGGCUGAGGCAGGAGAAUGGCAUGAACCCGGGAGGCGGAGCUUGCAGUGAGCCGAGAUUGCGCCACUGCACUCCAGCCUGGGUGACACAGCGAGACUCCGUCUCAAAAAAAAAAAAAAAGAAAGAAAAAUUGGCUAAAAAGUAGCCAGGCAUGAUGAUAGGUAGCUGGAGGCAGGAGAAUAGCUGGAGCCCAGGAGUUCGAGGCUGUAGUGACCUAUGAUUGUGCCACUGCACUCCAAACCCAGGCGAUAGCGUGAGGCCCCUCGUUGAAAAGGAUUAGUGUUUUGCUGUACUGAUUAAUAUCUUGUUUUGCAGGAUUUGUUAAGGAUUCCAAGUAACUCUUAAUUGGAAAGAAGACGAUCUGCACUUAUAUUUUGGUGUUGACAUUUAAUUUUAGGGUCCUUUAUAUAGAAGGGAGAGUAGGUACCUGAUUUUUUUUUUUUUUAGCAGGGUUUGACAAUCUUUGGCAGAUUGGAGCAAAAGAUUGGGGUGCAUUUCCUGCCUCCUUUUGAGAGUCUUGUCACUCAGGCUGUAGUGCAGUGGCUCAAUCUUGGCUGCAACCUCAGCCUCCCAAGUAGCUGGGAUUACAAAUGUGUAAGCCAUCACGCCCAGCCCUCAUACCUCUUUUAAACGCCCUGUUUCGCAGAAAGUCUGCUGUUUUGUACUAAGGCUUUGGAAUUCGGCAUUUAGCUAGGAAUGCACAUUCUUUCACCUCAUUCACACUUUAAGAACCACAGAAGUGACUCUGCUUGGCCAGAAGGCACACGGUGUUAGUGGGUAUAUUAAAAGUCCUUGAGUAUUUUGCUUUUGUAUUUUUCGUUUUUUUGAGACAGAGCCUCGUUUGUCUCCCAGGCUGGAGUGCAGUGGCAUGAUCUCGCUCAUUGCAACCUCCGCCUCCCAGGUUCAGGCGAUUCUCCUGUCUCGGCCUCCUAAGUCGCUGGGACUACAGGCGUGUAGCACCACACCUGGCUAAUUUUUGUAUUUUUAGUAGAGAUGAAGUUUCACCAUAUUGGCCAGGCUGGUCUCAACAUGACCUCGUGAUCUGUCUGCCUCGGCCUCCUAAAGUGCUGGGUUUACAGGCGUGAGCCACCCUGCCCUGCCACUUUUGUAUAAUUUCUAAUGUAUUUGUAAUUUACCUAACAUUGCCUCAUCUGCUAUGUUAAUGUAUUUAUGAAUUAAAAUAAAUAUGACUACAUGUUUGUGGUUCAUUUUUAUGGAAAUGGCUGUGGUGACAUCAGCCAAGAAUCUAUGAAUGGUACUGCUGAAGGAAACUAGCAUGAUAGCUUCAGUUCUAAAGGCCCUAAAACCUAGUCUCAGGUGGGUCCCCCUUGGGUUCACUUUAUGUUGGCAGUUUAUUGGGAAAAUGGAUGUUAGGUCCUGACCAAUAGGACCAUAAGUUUGGGUUGAGUGCAAGAUGAGUUGUUAGACGGAUUCUUUACCUUCCUGCAAUGUAGUGGAGGAAAAAUCGAUGGUAGCAAUGGGAGGUUGUGGUAUCCCUCGCUGAUUUGUAUGAGCCUUUACUACCUGGUGCACCUCAGCCUGAAGAUUGCCAGAAUUGCUUGCCUCAUGACGUGAGUCAUAAUGGAAACUGUCAAGCCCCCUGCAUGGGCUGCCAACAUAAAUGUUCAGUACCCUGAAGGGGGAUCAUCUAGAAGCUACACGAACGCUUAAGAUCUUGGAGGAAGACAGCAGAGAGAGAGAGAGAGAUCAGAGAUCCCAGCGUUAAAAGUUGGAGAAAUUUCACAGUACAUCAUCCAAAAGAGGAGCUCAUGAUGGAGGCAGAGGACAGGAAGAUGUCACCCAAGCGCAUAGCUAAAAGAAAGUCCCCCCCAGCAGAUGCCAUCCCCAAAAGCAAGAAGGUGAAGGACGCGAGGGCCGCCGCCUCCCGCCGCGUUCCUGGCGCCCGCUCCUGCCAAGGUGCCUACAGGCCGAGCCCUCCUGACCAGAAAACCCGACCAGUAUCACACAGGUCCCACAGCACAGAACCCGGCUUGGUGCUGACACUAGGCCAGGGCGACGUGGGCCAGCUGGGGCUGGGUGAGAAGGUGAUGGAGAGGAAGAAGCCGGCCCUGGUAUCCAUUCCAGAGGAUGUUGUGCAGGCUGAGGCUGGGGGCAUGCACACCGUGUGUCUAAGCAAAAGUGGCCAGGUCUAUUCCUUCGGCUGCAAUGAUGAGGGUGCCCUGGGAAGGGACACAUCAGUGGAGGGCUCGGAGAUGGUCCCUGGGAAAGUGGAGCUGCAAGAGAAGGUGGUACAGGUGUCAGCAGGAGACAGUCACACAGCAGCCCUCACCGAGGAUGGCCGUGUCUUCCUCUGGGGCUCCUUCCGGGACAAUAACGGUGUGAUUGGGCUGUUGGAGCCCAUGAAGAAGAGCAUGGUGCCCGUGCAGGUGCAGCUGGAUGUGCCUGUGGUAAAGGUGGCCUCAGGAAACGACCACUUGGUGAUGCUGACAGCUGAUGGUGACCUCUACACCUUGGGCUGCGGGGAACAGGGCCAGCUAGGCCGUGUGCCUGAGUUAUUUGCCAACCGUGGUGGCCGGCAAGGCCUUGAACGACUCCUGGUCCCCAAGUGUGUGAUGCUGAAAUCCAGAGGAAGUCGGGGCCACGUGAGAUUCCAGGAUGCCUUUUGUGGUGCCUAUUUCACCUUUGCCAUCUCCCACGAGGGCCACGUGUACGGCUUUGGCCUCUCCAACUACCAUCAGCUCGGAACUCCGGGCACAGAAUCUUGCUUCAUACCCCAGAACCUAACAUCCUUCAAGAAUUCCACCAAGUCCUGGGUGGGCUUCUCUGGUGGCCAGCACCAUACAGUCUGCAUGGAUUCGGAAGGAAAAGCAUACAGCCUGGGCCGGGCUGAGUAUGGGCGGCUGGGCCUUGGAGAGGGUGCUCAGGAGAAGAGCAUACCCACCCUCAUCUCCAGGCUGCCUGCUGUCUCCUCGGUGGCUUGUGGGGCCUCUGUGGGGUAUGCUGUGACCAAGGAUGGUCGUGUUUUCGCCUGGGGCAUGGGCACCAACUACCAGCUGGGCACAGGGCAGGAUGAGGACGCUUGGAGCCCUGUGGAGAUGACGGGCAAACAGCUGGAGAACCGUGUGGUCUUAUCUGUGUCCAGCGGGGGCCAACAUACAGUCUUACUAGUCAAGGACAAGGAACAGAGCUGAUGGAGCCCCUGAGGACCUGGCUUCUGUCCCGCACAACCUCCCUCACAGAACAGGGAAGCAGUGACAGCUGCAGAUGGCAGCGGGCCUCUCCCCAGCCCUGAGCACUGUGUCAGCUCCUGCCUUUUCUCAUCAGCAGAACAGAAUCCUUUUCCUCUUUUUCUUCCUCCCUUUGGAAUUUUCCUGGGACCUACAGAAUAAAGGGGGAGAUGGACAGGGGGUUUUCAGAAGGAGCAUGGCUCACUCAGAGCUGUAUGGUUAGACAUUUCUCCCCUUUUCCCUACCUUCCAUGGUCCUGGUUAGCCCUGGCUUUGCCUACUAGAAAAACAAAACUUCCCCCCUGGGGUUUGGUACCCACUCUGAAAAGCUGGGGCUCCAUCAAGCCCCAUUCUAGUCAUGUGCCCCUUUCCUGUCCCUGACAGUCCACAGGCAAACAAAUGGUACAGUCAUAAGAGCCAUCUGUCAUGGACCCACGCCCAGAGGAUCGUGCAGAAAAAAGCAGAGCUGCAUGGCUGUGGGCAACUCUAAGCCAAAUAUUUGGCUCAGAACAGGUGUCCAUGGGACAAAAAAGAACAAUCCUCCACUUGACCAAGAAAAAAGUGAUUCUCCCAGAAGCACAAAGCAUACUCUUGCCCCUCAGGUGUUGCCUGUGUACAUCGUACCCAUCCAUUGGCUUCACCUGCAGCCAAGGGCCUAGACUUGCAAAGAGAAGCCACGCUGGGGAGAGCAGAGCAGGGUAUGGGGUGGGGAGAGAGGGUGGAGGGUUUUGUAAACAAACUUAACAGCAAUAUUGAAAGGGGGGGGGGAUUGAGGGAGGGAUAGAGUGUUGGAGGGACAGAGACUAGUCCUGAGACGGAAACAGCAACUUGUACAGUGGCUGAGAAAAUAGGAUAUAGUUUUGAUUUUUUUAAUUGUAAAAUAUUUUGGAGGGAGAACAAAAUCUUUUAACAUUUUGAAUAAAUUUAGAGUUUUAUAAAAUA